GGAGGAACAGCACAUUCAACAGCAAGUAAUCCUGUCAUAGUGUAAGAGAAUUGUAAAUGCUCUGUUCCCAGACAGCCUGCCCAUUGCAGCUCAUCGGACAUACAUCAUUGCCACCAAGGCAGCCAGGAGCUGGGGAUGCUAAACACCCAGCCCCUGCCCAGCAGCCCUGAGCCUGUACCUGCAGAGGUGGCAGCUGCCCCCUCCUUACCUUGCACAUCAGAUGGAUGAAUUACUCCUAACCACCUCCUCAUUUCUCCCAGAUAGCCAUCAGUGAAGCCUGACACAGACAGCACCAAGCCCUGUCCCUCCACACACAUUGCAUUGCCUGAGAGCACAUUAAGUUGGCAGUGCCCUGGCAGAGGCGUGUCUGAGUAUUGCCAGCAGGGAUGUGACAGGGAGAAGAAUCCAUCAGCCAGGAUAAUGCCACCUCUCUGACGCCUCUCGCAGUCCUCCCUUUGCCAGUGUUUCUGCAUUACUCCUGCUCCUGGGAAGACAAGAUGGGAGAGGGAGACAGACACCUCUGCUCUGUGCUAUGACUGGGUGCCCGCUGCAUCAACAGCAUCUCACUGGGGAGCCCAACUUGCUGCAAACUCUUUCCCAGGAUGCUGAACCGAGCGUUAAACAUUCCUCACAGCGAUCUCUCCCAGCGUGGAGAAAACACCUGUUACGUAUAGUGGAGAAGAGCAGGUGUAAAUGAAAGUAGUCAAAUAAGAGUUGACUUUAGACGUAAUCAUGAAUAACACCAGCUACGCCAAUGUGUCCUCGGCAGACAGGACCAUGAUGGGGAGCCCAUACAAGACUGUGGAAGUAGUGUUCAUUGUCAUCGUGGCCGGCUCCCUGAGCCUGGUCACCAUCAUUGGAAAUAUCCUGGUCAUGGUAUCUAUUAAGGUCAACCGGCAUCUACAGACGGUCAACAAUUAUUUUCUGUUCAGCUUAGCGUGUGCUGACUUAAUUAUUGGUGUCUUCUCCAUGAACCUCUACACCUUAUACACUGUGAUUGGUUACUGGCCAAUAGGGCCUGUAGUGUGUGAUCUGUGGUUGGCCUUGGACUACGUUGUCAGUAAUGCUUCGGUCAUGAACCUCCUCAUCAUCAGCUUUGACCGUUACUUCUGCGUCACAAAGCCCUUGACGUAUCCAGUGAGAAGAACCACCAAGAUGGCUGGCAUGAUGAUCGCUGCAGCCUGGGUGCUGUCCUUCAUCCUGUGGGCACCAGCUAUUCUCUUCUGGCAGUUCAUUGUUGGUGGAAGAACUGUUCCAGAGGGUGAGUGCUACAUUCAGUUCUUCUCAAACGCCGCCGUCACAUUUGGCACAGCUAUUGCAGCAUUCUACUUGCCAGUCUUCAUUAUGACAGUGUUAUACUGGCAGAUAUCUCGGGCCAGUAAGAGUAGGAUAAAGAAAGGCAAAAAGGAACCCACCCCUAAUCAAGAUCCCAUAUCACCAAGUAAUGUCCAAGGCAAAAUAGUGAAACCAAAUAAUAAUAAUCUAUUAGCCAUUGAAGAUAAUUUGGAUCACAGCAAAAUCCAGAAUGGGAAAGCAUCUAGGAAUUCUGUAACUGAAACCUGUGUUUUGACAGAAGGGGAGGAGAAAGAAAUCUCCAAUGACUCUACGUCAGUAAGCGUUGUAGGCACAAAUGCGAAGGAAGAUGGAACUGCUAAAAAUGCUCCUCAACCUUCAGGAUCUCAACCCCUUCCAAAAGUGGAGAACUCCAAGAUGACGUGUAUAAGAAUUGUUACAAAGUCGCCUAAGGGAGACUGUGGAUCCACUAGUGGCACCACGGUGGAGAUUGUCCCUGGGACUAACGGCCGCAAUGGAGAAGACAAGCAGAAAGUCGUAGCCCGAAAAAUUGUAAAGAUGACAAAACAGCCCCCUAAAAAGAAAAUUCCUCCGUCAAGAGAAAAGAAAGUGACAAGGACUAUCUUGGCGAUUCUCCUAGCUUUCAUAAUCACCUGGACACCUUACAAUGUAAUGGUUUUAAUCAACACAUUUUGCGACGUAUGUGUGCCCAACACAGUAUGGACAAUUGGCUAUUGGCUUUGCUAUAUUAACAGUACCAUCAACCCUGCUUGCUACGCCCUCUGCAAUACCACUUUUAAGAAAACUUUCAAACACCUCCUAAUGUGUCAGUACAAAAACAUAGGCUCGAGGUAGAAGAAGAGGAAAAAAAAUAACGAGGUGGAGCUGCCAUUAAAAUAUUAUGCCAUAGCACUUUACACUCGAUUAUGGAAUGUGCAAUCUAGGGACCUAUCUGGUACAUACCUGUGGAUCUAUUCCAUCCACUGCACUUAUAGCUAAGAAUGAAGAGUUGCAAACUCUCAUGGAUAGAGAUCGGUAUAUAAAUCUAGGUGGACCAGUCUACUGCUCUUUGAUCCAACCGAAAAACUUCAAAGGGCUUUUUGAGGUUCACGUGUUUUCCAUAUCUGUAUUAUUAUAACAUACCUAUUUUUGUGGGUUUCGAUGUCUGUAGGAGACAAGGUCUUCAGACACAGAUUUUGAAACAUCUACUUAUCAGACUGAACAAAUGAAGAAAAAAAAUAUCACUUUAUAAUGCUUUUCUUUUCUGUGAUGGGAAAAAAAAAAAAACCCGCCAGUUGACUUUUUUUUUUUUUUGCAGUAGUUCCAUGGGACAAUGGAAAUGCUGAUAAACCUCAAAGUUUUACGCAGAGUUUUCACUGUUAUCCUAGCGUUAAAACUGGCUCUUCUGUGCCUCUGUGUUUCUGGUGACUGUAUCGAAAUAUAACUCAAGUUUUAGCCCUUGUGUUACAAGGGUAUAUGUUAAGCGCUUCCUGAGACAUAACUAGCCAAACAAAUAAUAUAUAAAUAUAUAUAUAUAAGACGUUUUGUGUUCAUGGUAUAGAUAAGCCACCUUUGGUACUCCAGUCGCUGAUGAGCCUCAUCCCUCAUGAAGGUGAGUUCUAGCUGACUGAGCGUCACAAGAUAUGAAGUUCACCAGCAGCUGGCGCACAAAAGGUACAUUAUCCAUCCACCAUUAAAGAUUGACACUUUCUUGGUACUUUCCAAUGUGAAAUGACUCUUUCCCAUCGAUAGUUACUGACUGUUUGCAAUCUGGUUGGUUACAUCCUGCAUUCAAGGUAGAGAAAGUGAUGUUUUGAGGUCUUGCUACAAGGUCCUGAGGCUACAAAAAUGGUUUUAUAUGGAAGAAAUCAAUGGAGAACGUUGUAUAGCUGCUAUUCAUUCACGCAUGGAAAUAACAAUGACAGAGAAAGCAUUUACUGCAACCUACUGUGGAAGAAUCAGAACAGCUCAUUUUGAAUAUGUCUGUAUUAUUUAAGCUACUGUAUCUGAAUAGUGCAAUCAAGUGUUAAUUGGCAUUUAUUUUCUGAUAACACCUCCUAGUGGAAGUAUCCAUACCUAAUAGUCUCCUUAAUUAAGUGCAUUAUCCCUUUUAAGGGAACGAGAAGUGGGUGUGUCACUUUUACACAGUGUGGUCAGCCAUUUUGUGAGCCUAUCACCUUACUAGAAACUGGUGACAUCAGCAUGAGUCAGACCUCGAUGAUGUCAUCUUUUCCUAGUACGUCGAUAGGCUCCUUUCUCUUGAACAUUGGGUUCAACGUGAAAAAUGUCUGCUCCCACCAGCGACGGAUCCACAAUAAUCCGAAAAAUGGUAGUGUCAUAUUGGUUAUGAAUAUACAUUUAAUUUACCCUAUGAUCUCCAACAUAUUCACAAUUGUUUGUGUCACGGCAGAUGCUCCAACCACCAUCCCCCUUGUAGUUAGAUAUUCAGUGGGGUGUUAUUUUUAUUGUCUUGAACUGCACCAGUGUUUUUUUAAUGGCGCCCAACUAUCAGACACAAUGGGACCGCAAGUAUUGGGAGUCACCAUUAAGUGCACCGUCACAUGACCAUUUAAUGGUUGUCGUUUGAUAUCAACACUUCCUGCAACCAUACUUUAACCCACAGCAGCCAAUAAGGUGUUAGCGUUCAUUUUCUAAAUUGAAAAAAAUGAAGCCUAUGAUAUGAUUGGAUGCUGUGGGUUCCAGCACGUUUAAGCAGAUUGCAACAUGUUAUUAAACAAGCUACUGUGGUGCUUUAUUUUUUACAAUCCAACAGAAGACAUUUUGUGAAAGCUGCUCUAUAGGUGUUGUAGCAAACUGUGGUAUUACCCGUAGCAACUAAUCAGAUAGUUGAUUUCAUGGUCUGAAGUAAAUUAGAGAAGCCUCAGAUUCUGAUUAGUUACUACAGGCAUUAAGGCAUUUUGUACAAAGUUACCUGGGAAACGAGUCAUGAAUAUUCCCUAUUCCGUUCUCCGGUUGCUAAGCAACAGCACAGAAUCCAAAAAACAAUGAUAGUAAACUUAAGCAACAGUGUUAAAAUGCCAAGAUAACCUGUUAUCAGCAAAAUAAAACAUUUAUUGUAUAAUUGUAACAAGUGUUAUCAAAGGGACGGGAAAUUCCUUGUAAUAUUCUACAGGUACAAGUAAUGUAAAAUCUCUAAGCAAUA